CUUCGCCCCCAGCUGGGCGCGGUGUACACGGAAGGCGGCUUCGUGGAAGGCGUCAACAAGAAGCUCAGCCUCUUCGGCAACUAUGUGGACAUCUUCAAGGGCAUCCCCUUCGCUGCCGCCCCCAAGCCCCUGGAGAACCCUCAGCGGCACCCCGGCUGGCAAGGAACCCUGAAGGCCAAGGACUUCAAGAAGCGGUGCUUGCAGGCAACCAUCACCCAGGACAGCACCUACGGGGAGGAGGAUUGCCUCUACCUCAACAUCUGGGUUCCCCAGGGCAAGAGGGAAGUCUCCAGGAACCUGCCCGUCAUGGUCUGGAUCUACGGCGGCGCCUUCCUCAUGGGGGCCGGCCACGGGGCCAACUUCCUCAGCAACUACCUGUACGAUGGGGAGGAGAUCGCCACUCGGGGCAACGUCAUCGUGGUCACCUUCAACUACCGCGUCGGCCCCCUGGGCUUCCUCAGCACCGGGGACGCCAACCUGCCAGGUCUGCUAGCUGUCUUGGGCACGGGGCUGACGGGAGGAGCACGUGGGUGUCAGAGGUGUGUGAGCCUGCCGCUCUCCCGCCCAGAUCCCAUGUUGCAUUACCUGGGCUUUGUCCCUGUCAUCGACGGAGACUUCAUCCCCGAUGACCCGGUCAACCUGUACGCCAACACGGCCGACAUCGACUACAUGGCGGGCACCAACAACAUGGACGGCCACAUCUUUGCCAGCAUCGACAUGCCAGCCAUCAACAAGGACAAGCAGGAGGUCACCAAGGAGGACUUCUACAAGCUGGUCAGCGGGCUCACCAUCACCAAGGGGCCCCGGGGAGCCAACACCACCUUUGACCUCUACGCCGAGCCCUGGGCCCUCGAUGCACCCCAGGAGACCAAGAAGAAGACCGUGGUAGACUUCGAGACUGAUAUCCUCUUCCUGGUGCCCACCAGGAUUGCCCUGGCCCAGCACAGAGCCAAUGCCAAGAGCGCCAAAACCUACACCUACCUGUUUUCACACCCCUCUCGGAUGCCCGUCUACCCCAAGUGGGUGGGGGCUGACCAUGCGGACGACAUCCAGUACGUCUUUGGGAAGCCCUUCGCCACCCCCCUGGGCUACCGGUCCCAGGACAGGACUGUCUCCAAGGCUAUGAUCGCCUACUGGACCAACUUUGCCAGAAGCGGGGACCCCAACAUGGGCCACUCAGCGGUGCCCACACACUGGGCUCCCUACACUGUGGAAAGCGACAACUACCUGGAGAUCAACAGGAAGAUAGACGGCAGCUCUAUGAAGCAGCACCUGAGGACGGAUUACCUACGCUACUGGACCCUCACCUACCAGGCCCUGCCCACGGUGACCGGAGACGGGGCCCCCGCGCCCCCUUCAGGGGACUCUGACGCCGCCCCUGCCCCACCAUCUGGGGACUCGGAUGCUGCCCCCGCGCCCCCUUCGGGAGACUCUGACGCCGCCCCUGCGCCCCCUUCGGGGGACUCUGACGCCGCCCCUGCCCCACCAUCUGGGGACUCGGAUGCCGCCCCUGCGCCCCCCUCGGGGGACUCUGACGCCGCCCCUGCCCCACCAUCUGGGGACUUGGAUGCUGCCCCUGCGCCCCCCUCGGGGGACUCUGAGGGGGCUCAAAUGCCUGCAGCCAUUGGCUUCUAAUGUCCUCGGCCCCAGGAAGCCGUAGGGUGAGACCCCGGGGACCCACUUCCCCUCCAGAGCUCUUCCUGAAUAAAGCCUCAUCCCUCUC